CGGAACAGUCAGCCAAUAAGAAAAAAUCACCCGGAGCACAACUGACAACAACAAUUUAAAAAAUAAUCAUAUGACAAGCAGGACCUGGAGUUUGAAAACCUGGACUGAGAAGACAGCGGGAUGCGGUGCCUGAGUUUAGAAAGCAAUGCGACAGGGAAUACUGACUUAUUAUUUUCAAAUAUAAUUUAGGGAUAUUUCAUAAUUGAAUUAAACUAACAAACACACACAGAAAAAACUUUAAGAUAAAGAAGCCGGCGAUUCAAGGUCAAUUUCCAUUACAAAAUGACAAGCUCAGACGCUUUGCGCCCGACCUCGACUAAUUCAGGACGGAAGCCGCUGGGAAAGCUCGCUGCCCGGCUGGAAGAUGUGAAGAACCCGUGGAGACAGGGCAUGACAUUGGAGCUCAGCCACAACGAAGCGGCCAGGCUAGCGACAGACGCGCUGCUAGACUCGGGGGAACUCGAAUACAAGCGAGUGCUGGACGAGGAGAGGGAGCUGUCGUUCCUGUCGGCUUUAGACAUCAAGUACAUCGCGGAAAGCGCUUCCAAGGACAGCAGCGCGGACAGCGGCAGCGUCGCUGGCUCAGGCGGAGAGCUGUGCGGGGAGGGGUACGCGGGCUCGGAGCUCACCUCCGGGACCUACUUCCCCAUGAUGUCGGAUGAAGAGCCGCCCGUGCUGGAGCUGGGCUGGCCGGAGAUGACAGACCAGCUGCCUAAAUAUGGUGCUUCAGAAACGCAAAUCUUCUUUCAGAGAGACAAAACGCAGAACAUGAAAGAUAUCAUUCGUUCACUUAUUAACAAGGCGAGCAAAGUAAUAGCAUUAGUGAUGGACCUCUUCACAGACGUGGAUCUGUUUUGCGACUUGCUGGAAGCUGCAAAUAAACGCAAAGUUCCAGUUUACAUUCUACUGGACAAGAGGAACCUGAAGUAUUUUACUGAAAUGUGCAACACCUUGGACGUCCAGACGAUCCAUCUCAGCAACAUGAGAGUCCGCAGUGUUUGUGGAGAUACCUAUUGCACAAAGCAUGGCAAGAAGUUUACUGGCCAGGUCCUGGAGAAGUUUCUUAUAAUCGACUGUGAAGAAGUGAUUGCCGGGUCUUACAGUUUCACUUGGCUCUCUUCUCAGGUUCACAGCAACAUGCUGAUGCACUUCACCGGACGAAUCGUCGAGAGCUUCGACAGGGAGUUCCGAUGCCUCUACGCAGAUUCCCAAAUCAUCGAUAGCUUACACGACCCAGACGAAGACGGAAUUCCCUGUUACUCCUUCGGGAAACGCCUUCCGGAGUUCAUGCAAGAAAAGCCAAAGGAACGUGUCUGCUCCGACCCUUCCAGCAGCUGCUCCAGCAACAGCUUCUCCAGCAUCAAGAAGAGUCCAGGCAUGGGCUCCCCGGCAUACAAACUGAAUUACACAAACGCUUACCUCAGUCCGGACAAGAAAGCCCCAAGUCCAGGCUUGUACAACCCCAGCAACCAAGGGAGAAAAGGGUCUGGCACCAGCGGUGCUGUGGAGCAGUCCAGCUCCGACUCGCAAGCAUUCAACCCUAGUGCACUCAGAAAUGGAGGAGGAGCUGUACCCAAGAUCUCAGGGCUGGGUCUUUAUGAGACCAAGCAGAACUACACUCCGCUGAACCCCUCACUGGGGAAGGAGCAAAGGAGCCCCCCUUACACUGAACCAGAGCAGCCUGGCAAACAGAAGACAGCCCCGCUCUUCAGCAAACUCACUAAUAUCUUAACCCCUGGUGCAAAAGAAUGCUUUACCAAACCUUCAACCCGAAACAAUGUCGCCGCCGUGUCGCAUUUCAAAGACCUCAGCCUGUCGGAAUCGACAAAGACGAACGAAAACAAACCCGGGUAUCCCGUGGUGCCGGCACCCCUGCCCGCGGACGUGCUGCCAGCGGUGAGACGAGGAGAAAUCAGCAGGAACGAUGUCAAGAGGAUGACCCUCGGACACAGCCAGCUGGACCUAGUAAACCACUACAACAAGAUGAAAUCCAAAAACAUAUACAGCAGGUUCGAGGUAAAAGACACUCCGCACAUGUGAACCAGGUUAUCCUGUCGGCCGAAAAGAGACACGGAUGGGUGGAAGUUGAAUAAUUAAGCAAAAUUGAAGUCAUCUUGCAAGUGUACCUGCUCCGUGCCUUGGCAGUGCCACUUCCUGCAUGUUCGAGGUGUGACUGCUCCACUGUAUGGUAUAUUCCUCAUGGCGAUAUCUUCAGUAUAUACAAGGCCAGCAUGUGUAAGGCAGCGAGUGGACUCUAAGGAAUGUGCAGAGACAUGUCAUAAGUAAAUAAGACUCCCCCUUCUCGUUCCUUCUGAAAGUGUCAGUUUACUUCGGAGCAGCCUGCUGUUUAUUCAGGACUCGGUGGACAGUGUUACUCUUUGGCACUUCGGACCUUUGUUCCUGCAUCCUGCUGGUUUUGGUUUGCUGUAUUUCUUGUGUUCCUGCAAUGCAAGUGCUUGGUGUGAUUCUUUUUGUGAGGGGGAGGGUUGCGCUGUGUAGAGAUGAGUUGAGAAAUCCAGAUUUUCAGAGGACCUGGUUACCCAAAGGGCUUGUGGAUUUUAUGUUGUUCUAGCACACGUUACUGUUUCUGCAGAUGUGUAAUCACCUACAUUUGCCGUUUUCAAAAAACGUGUUUUUUGUGGAUGACACGAUAAAGGUGUUUUGAUAAAUCUCUAAAAAAAAAAAGCAACAAAAUGUGCCGCUUAUUAUCAUGUAUAAAUAUUUUGCCAUA